CAGAAACCACAGACCAAAUCUCUCACUCUCUCUCCCUCCCUCACGAUGAGAACUCUACUCUCUUACCAUCAAUGUGUGACGUCACCGUUACUUAUCUCCGCUUCAUCUCCUCCGUUUCCUCCCCGCUGCAUUCGGUUAUCAUCCUUUUCUCCUCCACGUCACAAGCGUCUCUCAUCUCUCUCAAUCAGAAACGCUUCGCAUGAAUCCGCCGAUCCCUCUAUACCGCGAACUCUUUAUCCAGGUGGUUACAAGCGUCCCGAACUCUCUGUUCCCGGUUUACUCCUCCGUCUCGACGCCGACGAGGUGAUGAGCGGGAAUCGUGAGGAGACUCUUGAUUUGGUCGACCGUGCGUUAGCCAAAUCGGUACAGAUCGUCGUGCUUAACGGCGGAGUUAACGCCGGUAAGCUCUACGAGGCAGCUUGUUUGUUGAAAUCACUUGUUAAGGGACGUGCUUACCUCUUGAUCUCCGAACGCGUUGAUAUCGCUGCCGCUGUUGGUGCCAGUGGUGUCGCUCUCUCCGACCAAGGUCUUCCAGCGAUAGUAGCGAGAAACACUUUGAUGGGGGGUUCAAAUUCAGAGUCCGUAGUUGUUCUCCCUUUGGUGGGUAGGAUUGUGAAGGAUGUUGAUUCUGCUCUCACUGCCUCUACCUCUGAGGGUGCUGAUUUCCUUAUACUUGGAGCAUCUCCUCAAGAUCAACAACUGCCAGCAGAUUCUUUGUUCAAGAGUGUCAAGAUACCCAUUUUCGUGACUUGCAUGAGCAAAGGAGAAGCUAAGGAAGAGCUGCAGUUACUGAAAUCAGGCGCCUCUGGUUUCGUUCUAUCUUUGAAUGAUCUGCGCUCUUCCAGGGACGUUGCUCUUCGCCAGUUUCUUGAUGGAGGAGAUUCUUCUUAUGUUAACGAGAACGAAACACCCCUGACUGAGGCUAGUGACCUGCAGGAGAAAAAGAAUGCUGCUGCUGGCUCUGUAAAAUUAGAGGACAAGCAGAAACAAAUAAUAGAAAUGGAGAAAUCAGUUUUGAGAGACACUAUUGAACUUAUCCACAAGGCCGCUCCACUGAUGGAAGAAGUCUCCCUUCUGGUCGAUGCAGUUUCCCGGAUUGAUGAGCCGUUUUUGAUGGUUAUAGUGGGGGAAUUUAACUCCGGAAAAUCAACGGUUAUCAAUGCACUUCUAGGGAAGAGAUAUCUCAAAGAAGGUGUAGUCCCCACCACCAAUGAAAUCACUUUUCUGUGCUACUCUGAUUUAGCAUCUGAGGAGCAACAACGUUGCCAAAGGCAUCCAGACGGCCAAUACAUCUGCUAUCUUCCUGCACCAAUACUUAAGGAUAUUAAUAUCGUUGAUACACCUGGGACUAAUGUGAUCCUUCAAAGGCAACAACGUCUUACAGAAGAAUUUGUUCCACGUGCAGAUCUUCUUGUUUUCGUUCUUUCUGCCGACCGUCCUUUAACGGAAAGCGAGGUUGCGUUUCUCCGGUAUACCCAGCAAUGGAAAAAGAAAUUUGUGUUUAUCCUGAAUAAAUCUGAUAUCUACCGUGAUACUCGUGAGCUUGAGGAAGCUAUCUCGUUUGUUAAAGAAAAUACGCAAAAGUUGCUUAAUACAGAAAAUGUGAUAUUGUAUCCUGUGUCUGCACGGUCUGCUCUUGAGGCGAAGCUUUCAACAGCAUCUUUGGUAGGCAGAGAUGAUCUAGAGGCCUUGGAUUCUGAUUGGAGAACCCAGAGCUUCAAUGAACUUGAGAAAUUUCUGUACAGCUUCCUAGAUAGCUCAACUGCCACCGGGAUGGAGAGAAUAAGGCUUAAAUUGGAGACGCCUAUUGCAAUUGCAGAGCGUCUCCUUUCUUCUGUGGAAUCUCUUGUUGUACAAGAUUGCGUAGCUGCUAGGGAAGAUUUGGCUUCAGCAGACAAGAUUAUCAAUCGUACUAAAGAAUACGCACUUACGAUGGAAUAUGAGAGCAUAUCUUGGAGAAGGCAGGCUCUGACGUUGAUCGAUAAGGCCAGAUUGCAAAUUGUUGAUCAAAUAGAAUCUACCCUGAGACUAUCAAGUAUUGAUCUUGCAAUCUCUUACGUGUUUAAAGGAGAAAACUCAGCCUCUGUAGCAGCUACAUCCAAAGUUAAUGGGGAAAUACUCGCUCCAGCACUCUCAAAUGCUCAAGACUUACUUGGAAAAUAUGCUGAAUGGCUACAAUCAAAUACUGCCCGUGAAGGGAGUCUGUCUUUGAAAUCAUUUGAAAACAAAUGGCCACAAUAUGUCAACUCAAAAACUCAACUGGGCAUAGACACAUACGACUUGCUUCGAAAAACUGAUAAAUUCAGCUUGAAAACCAUCCAGAAUUUGAGUGCCGGAACCACAUCAAAACGGUUGGAACAAGAUAUUCGUGAAGUGUUCUUUGUGACAGUUGGUGGGCUUGGAGCUGCAGGACUUUCUGCAUCACUUCUAACCUCUGUGCUACCCACCACAUUGGAAGAUCUUCUUGCUCUUGGCCUUUGCUCUGCUGGAGGGUAUGUGGCUAUCGCAAACUUCCCAUAUCGCAGGCAAGCUAUAAUUGGUAAGGUGAAUAAAGCGGCUGAUGCGUUGGCUCAGCAACUCGAAGAUGCUAUGCAAAAGGAUCUUUCAGAUGCAACGAAUAAUCUAGUAAACUUUGUGAAUAUUGUUGCCAAGCCUUACCGCGAAGAAGCUCAGCUACGGCUUGAUCGUCUUUUAGGCAUCGGGAAGGAAUUAUCAGAUAUUAGGAGUAAAUUACAGUUGCUACAAGUUGAAAUUGAUAACCUUCAUGUAUUAAGAUGAGACUUUAGUUGCCCCAACAAAAUGUCAUUGACAUUGUUCACUGGGGACAAGUGUAUGUGUUGUCAUACUGAAUAAGACCUACCUGUUUCAACGAGUGAAAUGGAGUCAGUUUUAUAGAAUGCGAAUUGAGAAGAUAGACAUGACACUCUGGUAUAAUGUUUUGUGCUUCUUUUCAGAUUGUUUGUGAUAAAUGUGAAUGGAUAUACUGGAAGCUCAGGAGGCUCAUGGAGAGAAUAUUCUUCUAUUCUUUGACA